AUGAAACUAAUCGUUGUGGGCGGCUCCGGCUACCUAGGCGCCCGCGUCGUGCGCCAGGCGCUGCUGCGAGGCCACUCCGUCACCUCCAUCUCGCGCUCUGGCGGCCCGCCCGCUGGCGUCACUCCCGCGGCCGAGUUGGAGGGCGCCGAGUGGGUCGCAGGCGACGCCACCGUCCCAGAGGUGCAGGCGCGGGUCGGAGACGCCGACGGCGUGAUAACAACCCUCGGUGUGUUUGGGACGAAUGAGCGGAUGCGCGCCGUGAACGGCGACGCCAACAUUGCCAUCGCCCGCGCUGCCGCAGCCGGCGGCGUGAAGCGGUUCGUGCACGUCUCUGCCGCAGAGUACGGCGUGAUCGAGGGGCUGAUCCCCGGAUACUUUGAGGGGAAGCGCGCGGCGGACGCGGAGGUCGCCCGCCUCUUUGGCUCGCGCGGCACCGUCCUCCGGCCAGGCAUGGUCCACGGGACGCGCCAGGCGGGCCCCGUCCAGCUGCCUCUCUGGCUGCUCGGCGCGCCUCUCGAAGCGGUGGGAGCCUCCCAGCCGGGUACGGCGCUCCGCGCGGCGCUCGGCCGCUUCGGAGGCGUCCUCACGCCAGCGAUCGGCGUCGACACCGCGCGCGCCGCGGGGCCGGUGGUGGAGCUCUUUUGGGACGGCGGCUGCCCCCUCUGCCGGCGCGAGAUUGGCUAUUACCAGAGGCUCGACGUCGACGGGCGCGUGGCGUGGACAGACAUUGACGCGGCGCCCGAGGCGCUGCAGCCGCACGGCGUCUCGCAGGAGGAGGCGAUGGCGCGGAUCCACGCGAUCGGAGGCCGCGGCCAGCUCCUGAGCGGCGUCCCCGCCUUCCUCGCCGUCUGGGAGCAGCUGCCGUACUGGCGCCUCCUCCCGCCGCUCCUCACCGCCGCGCCCGGCGCUGUGCCGCUCGCCGAGGCCGCCUACCGACUCUUUGCGCGGCACCGCCUCACAGUCACGGGGCGCCGCUCCCUGGGCGCCGCCACGGCUUGUAGGCCGCCGUCCGCUGCAGCGCCCGCCGCAGGCUCCGCAGAGCCGAAGUGAGAGGCUCAGUUGGCGCCACCUCAGUGGACACCUCUCAGCGUCGCCACCAGCGCAGGCAUGCUGGCCGGAGAAAAUGCCACGCACGUCGAUCCUAGAGAGGAUACACGUCGCGCUCACCGCGCUCAAAAGGCGGCCCCUGUCGUGGUACGCGCCGGCGUGGGGAGAGAGAGCGAGACGAGGACUCGAGACGAGAUAUGUGUGGGGAGAGCCGAGACGUUCCUGGAUCCUGCUUCCUCGUUUCGCACGCACGACGCACCGAGUGUGACCGAGCCCGCGGGGGUGUACCCGGCGCUUAGGUGUUAGAGUAAUACGUAAACACAGGCGUGGCGGUACAGAAAUAAACACUGGCACAAAACCGGACGCGCAACCGUGCAGUGCUCCGCCGCUUGACGAGGGGACAACUCUUUUGAAUCUUGAGCGUCUCUCGCAGCCGCGGGGCGGGUUUCUCCAUAAUCGCACACAACAUGCGUCUCAGGUUGAAUUUCCAAUUUCAGAGCUUGGGCAGCGGGAAGCUCUCCGGCGCCCACUCGAUCGGGUUUGGGAUGGAGAAAGUGUCGCCCUUGCCGAAGCCGAGCAGCGACUGUGCCGAGAGCUGGACAGGGAAGAAGCAGCCCAUGCAGGCAGGCGUGAUGCAGCCGAGGACGCGGAACUGGUUUUCAACGCCCUGCACGUGCAUCUGGGUGAACUUGAGGUUGAGGUCGUUGGGCGCCUCGCCGUCGCCGCCAAACGGCCGCCACUCGCACUCUACCUUGAUGUCCUCGAGCUUGGUGGUGAAGAGGCCGGCCGAGGCGGCCGGGAAGCACUGCGGCCCGCAGCAGAGCCCGUACAUCACCCGCAUCCGCAGCUGCUCCGCCGUCGAGAACUCCAUCCUUGGCAUCUCGAGAGAGAGCCGCAGCGGCCCCUGAUUGGUCGCCAUCGCGGCGAGCGAGUUUGGGUUGAGGUUCACGUUCUUCACCUCGAGCGAGUGGAUUUCCCCCACCACGUCCUCCUCCACGCCAUCCGCCUUAGCGCCGGGCCAGUGGAAGCCCAGCUUGAGCCGCCCCAGCGUGAUCGGAAUGAUAAUUGGCGAGUCCUCGUUCGCUCGGGCUCGCAGCGCGUCAUUCACCACCUUGGUGAGCAUGCCU